AUGGAUACCUCAAACCCAAUCAUUCCCUUCAAGAGCCGCCAAGCCAUCAGCUUCCUAGAUCUCCCCCGCGAAAUCCGCACCAUGAUCUACUUCGAAGCCUUCCAACCGCGCAAGACAAGCAAAACCAUCCACCUCAAGACCAUGACCGGCACGGGAGCUUUCUACGCCACGGACCCCUCCCACAAGCAACCCAUCACCCUCCCCGUCGCCCUCCUCCGGACCUGCAAAACCAUCCACGCCACGGCAACACCCAUCCUCUACGGCAACCACACCUUCCGGCUCUACAACUGGCAAGCCGAAACCAUCCUCACCCGCCUCGGACCCGGCAAUCUCCGCCGUGUGAGAUUCCUCCAACUCAUGGGCGCCAAUCCCAACCUCCGACCGCACGUCAUCUCGCAACUCGCCGAGAGCGUCAACCCGGAUUUCCAAGCCCUAUGGUUGGAAAAUCAAGCCUCCGCGGAAUCUGCGGAUCCGGAAUGGGAAGUAGAAGCCCUCUUGCCUCUCGUGCGAGCUCUGCAAGCUACGAAGCGCCUCGGGGCGGGGGAGAAGAGGAUCAAGGUAGAAGAUGUCGUUCAUUUCCGCUGUGCGCUUUAUUUUGUCGAGGAUGUCGCUGGGGCUUGCCGGGGGGAUCGGCAGGCCUUCGCGGAGGAUUGGAAUCGGGCGCAGGCCGCUGCAAGGGAGUUGGAGGGGGAUGUACAUGAGAGACUGGUGUUGGAGAUGGACAAGGAGGAGAAGAAGGAGGUGGAGAUUGAGGAAUGGGUGAUGAUUGGGGAGGAAGAUCUUUCUUCUUUCAAGGAGGAGGAGGUGGAGAGGGAGGAGGAGGAAGAAGAAGAAGAAGAGAAGGUGGACGAGAUGUUUUAG